CCUUUGCACCUCAAUCAGAGGUCAGGCAUGUUUUAAAACAAUUUAAUGCCAAUGAACGCGGAAAUCGCAGACCCUGUCGUCCUAUAAAAAGCGAGACGCAAAUGUCUUAAAUCACAUCAGUCGCAGAAAAUGCAGAGCUUCAAUAUCUUGUUCUCCAUCUUCGUCGCUUUUUGCCUCGUCUUCGCUUCUGGCAAAGCCCACCAUGAAGAAGGGCAUUUCGAAUCUGCCGUAGACCAACCGGACGAGUCUCAACCGAUGGCCACGGUAGAAAACACUGAAGGUAACGUCGAGUUGAACGAAGCUGACAAAAAGAUAUUGCUACCCAUGUUGGCUAUGAAGCCAUUGGUAGUCGCUUCUGGCUUGCUGGCCGGUAGCAUGUUACCUAAUAAAAAGAGACCUACUCCAAGACCUGGGACACCGACGGAAAACAACGUGGUGGUAGCAAUCGGCAACAGCGAUAACGUCAAAAAAAGCGAAGACGAGUCCAGGAAAUUGUUGCUACCUCUUCUGGCUAUGAAGCCUCUAUUCAUCGCUAGUAUGUUGGCUGGUAAUAAGUUCCCUGCACCGGGAAUUGGCAUCACCAUCACUAAACACGAAUCGGCUACUAAUCCACCGGUUGGCAGUACGACAACGCCACAACCGACGCCGACGCUUCCACCGAUCCCAACUCCAACACCUCCAGGUGCUAACACUUGUCCUUCUCUGAACGGUUUCCCGUGUUAUCGACUUCCGUCCGGAUGCGUGUGUAUGAUCAGUAACCAAAAACCUUGGAUUGAUGCUCUCAGUUAUUGCGCAGCCAACGGUCGUAAACUGGUCAGCAUCCAGUCGCAAGCCAAGAAACUGGAACUUGAAACUUAUUUGCCUUCUCUGAUAGGCGCAGGAGCCGACGACAUCUUUGAAUUCGUCGGAUUCUGGACGUCCGGUAUUUACGCGUUGACUGCGUACACUUGGGCGAGCAUCCCGCAAUAUUUUACCUUCACCGAUUGGCGUUCCGGAGAACCAGAUAAUACGAAUCUUCCUCGUGCCACUUGCGUUCGUGCAGUGCCAACGGAAGGUUACCAAUGGGAUGACAUCGACUGCGGCCAAUUUCUACCUUUCCUUUGCGAAUAAAUUGGGAGUCCAUCAUUCGGCAUGAAAUUACCUUUUUCACACCUACAUUUCUAAUUUAUUCUUUGAUAGUGCAAUUUCAUCUUUUUACCACUAAAUACAUUCUUGAAUGCCA